CGGUCAGUCACCGCAAACACUUGAGAGGCGAACUGCGAAGUUGACACACUACUCGUUCAAUCACACGCCAUGCACGUGACCCUCUCUCCAUACAGCACAGCAUCGCAAAGCGGACGAUUCUCUUUCGUAAGCUAAUGAUAACUUGCCGUUUCAUCUCGUCCCGUCUUGUCUCUUGGCUCUCUUCUUCUUCUUCUUCAAAUCAAUCUCAAGAUUGAAAAAUAACUCAAACAAACAAUGAACAAAUUGUCAUAAUCCAAUCUAAUCCAAUCAAAUGAUCCACAGAUGAUGUGUAAUAGGUGUAGUUGCUGCUGCUCCUCACUCACUCUCCGUCUCCGCGAUGAACUUCGCUUCUUCCUCCGCGACUACGAUCGCCUCCAAUACAUCGCCGUCAUUCUCAUCUACAUUCAAACAGGUUGCGCGUUGAUUGGAUCCCUAGGCGCAUUAUACAAUGGGGUUUUGUUGAUAAAUUUAGCGAUAGCGUUGUUCGCGCUUGUGGCAAUCGAGAGUAGCAGUCAGAGUCUCGCGAGGACUUACGCUGUGCUUUUGUUCUGCGCCAUUUUGCUUGAUAUUUUUUGGUUCAUUCUUUUUUCACGUGAAAUUUGGAAUAUUUCGUCCGAGAGUUAUGGAGUUUAUUUUAUAUUUUCGGUCAAACUGGCUUUGACGAUGCAAAUUGUUGGAUUUUUGGUGAGGUUAUCAUCGUCAUUGUUGUGGAUUCAGAUGUACAGGUUGGGGGUGUCGUAUGUGGAGGGUGGUGCUAGUGGUGUUGUUGGUUCGAGAGAGCCUGAUUUUGAUUUGAGAAGUAGUUUUUUGAGUCCUGUUACGCCUGCUGCCGCUGCUGCUGUGAAUAGACAGCGUUCUGUGAGUGAUGAUGUCUUGGGCGGAUCCAUUUAUGACCCUGCUUAUUAUUCUUCUCUCUUUGAAGAUUCUCAGCAGAACAAAUAUUCAUUUGCGGGUAACGGUGAUGGUACUGGUGAUCAUGAAUCUAGUUCUGGUACUGAAGCCUCUCAAACUAAGGGAUCUGUGGGAAGAUAUUUUGAGUCUAUAGAUGAGGAGAAUGCAUUAGACAAGCACCUGAGGAUCUGAGUAGAUCAUCUGUGAAAUAAUUAGCUUGGUUUACGCUCACCAUAUAUUGGUUUGAGGUAUAUUUGAUUGAUUUGUCCAAGUUCUGCAUAGGGAUAGCAUUUGUACAGUCUCCCACGUUUAGCAAUUUUUUCAUUAGACAAUAGCAUUGAAAGGGAAAGCUGCAAGAACCAGAUUUUUUGGUAUCAAUUAUGGGUAGUGAAUUCAAAAGAUUUUGCCGUCCAAGAACUGGACCAUUAUAUGAUAUUAAGGUGGGAUGUUAUCUUGGCAUGAUCGAAUGUAGGUAGAGAUUGGAGUUUUAGCAAUGCAACCAUCGUUGCAAUGUUCCAAAAGUGGAUUAAUUAGUCUUUUCACUGUUACUUCGAUUAUUAUAAUUUUUUUUUGAGGUUUUUGGUAUUAGAAUGAAAACAGAUAUUCUCAUUUUGUUGUGGGUAUUCAUUUUUGACAUACAAUAGAUUACAGUUUGAUCUUGAUUUA